AUGCCGCGCCACUUCCCGCCUGCGUCCCUUCGUCGAGAUAAUAGGGUCUCUUCCGCCGCCACCAGUGCCAAUACGGCCUCACCAGCAGGCGACGCCGCCCACAGACACCACCUCCCGCGGAAUAAUGACCCCCAACGCGACCUGCUCUCUCGCCACCAGCGCAUGAAGAACCAUCUCAUCGCUGUGGUUGGCGAAUACGUGGGCACUACGCUGUUCUUAUGGUUCGCGUUUGCAGGCACACAGGCCUGUGCCACCACAGGCGGCGGCGCCGCCAACAACCCUAGCCAGAUUGUGCUCACAAGUUUGGCAUUUGGCUUCUCGCUCCUCGUCACAGUGUGGGCUUUCUACAGGAUCAGCGGCGGGCUGUUCAAUCCAGCGGUCACGCUCGGACUUGUCAUAACCAAGAACCUCCCCUGGUUCCGAGGCCUGCUCCUCCUCCCAGCCCAGCUCCUAGGCGGCAUGACCGCGGCGGGCCUUGUGAAAUGCAUGUUCCCUGGGGCCUUGGUCGUCAGCACGACCCUUGGCAACGGCACGACCCCCGCACAGGGCGUCUUCAUCGAAAUGUUCCUCACCUCGCUGCUUGUGUUUACGAUCCUGAUGCUCGCGGCUGAGAAACACUAUGCCACAUUCAUGGCCCCCGUCGGCAUCGGGCUAGCACUAUUCGUCGCCAUGAUGGCCGGGCUUCCUUUUACGGGGAGCUCGCUGAACCCGGCACGCAGUUUCGGUCCCGCAGUCGCGAUCCCCUACUUCCCCGGAUAUCAUUACAUUUACUGGUUUGGCCCGAUCAUGGGAGCCUUGAUGGCCAGCGGGUACUAUCACUUCGUCAAGUAUUUCAAGUACGAGGAGGCCAAUCCCGGCCAGGACGCCGUGUCGCCAGAGGAGAUGCAGCGGGAGAAGUCGCGCGAUGAGGAGAUGGGUUGA